AUGAGACUUCGAGGGAGAAGUCUGGUUCUAGUGGGGGAGAAUUGUAACAUCCCGGAAUUCAGUGAAGAAGAAGAGGAGGUUCUUGUGAAGGCUAGAAGUUGGAGUGCAAGCUUGGAUCUGAGUUCUACAGAGGGAGGAGCUUCACUCGGAGGUCAGGAUGAUGUGGACCGGAAGGUCAGGAUGAUAUGGACCGGAAGGUCAUUACGGGUAGGGCCGGAAGGUCUACCAGGGUUAUGGGACGGAAGUCCCCUGAGACACAGAGACCGGAAGGUACUAGUGAGGAUCGCGGGAAGGCGCUGGCAUGAUCAGUACACACUUGUGGAGUUUUUAUGUACUGUGAUCUUGGGAUGAAUUUUAUGGAUUUGAUAUGUGAU